AUGGUGAUGGCAGCGAAGAAGGGCCCAGGCCCAGGUGGCGGGGUCGGCGGGGGAAAGGCGGAGGCAGAGGCGGCCUCGGAGGUGUGGUGCCGCCGGGUGCGGGAGCUGGGCGGCUGCAGUCAGGCCGGGAACCGGCACUGCUUCGAGUGCGCCCAGCGCGGGGUCACCUACGUGGAUAUCACCGUAGGCAGCUUCGUCUGCACCACCUGCUCCGGCCUCCUGAGAGGUCUGAACCCACCUCAUCGUGUCAAGUCCAUCUCUAUGACAACUUUCACAGAGCCUGAAGUAAUAUUUCUGCAGUCUCGUGGAAAUGAGGUUUGCAGGAAGAUUUGGCUGGGUCUUUUUGAUGCUCGGACAUCUUUAGUACCAGAUUCCAGGGAUCCUCAGAAGGUGAAGGAAUUUCUCCAAGAAAAGUAUGAGAAGAAGAGAUGGUACGUCCCCCCAGACCAAGUCAAGGGGCCUGCAUAUACCAAAGGCAGUGCUUCCACCCCUGUGCAGGGCUCCGUCCCAGAAGGGAAACCCAUGAGGACACUUCUGGGUGAUCCUAUGCCAUCUCUCUCAGCUCCUGCCUCCAUUUCAAGCCAGUCUGGCAGUCAAUCUCAGGCUCGGACAUCCCAGGCCCGGAGCUCUCAGCCACCUCCCCACUCCUCUGUCAAGAAAGCCAGUACUGACCUGCUGGCUGAUAUUGGAGGAGACCCCUUUGCUGCUCCCCAGGUAGCCCCAGCUUUUGCUGCAUUCUCAGCCUUUGGAGGCCAGACAUCUUCCCAUGGAGGCUUUGCCAACUUUGAUGCCUUUGGCAGUAGCCCCAGCCCUUCUGCAUUUGGAAAUAUCCCUCCAGCUGGCCAAGCCCCAUUCCAGGCCCAGCCAACACCCACAGCCAGUCGGAUGCUAACUGGAAGUUACAGCUUUGGGAGCAGCCAGGUGACUCCAUUUGGUGCGGCUCCUCUUGCACCUGCCAGUCAGCCAACCAGCCUCCUAGGACCUGGGGUGUCAGCUGGAGGGAUCCCUGGCAGCAUCUUCAGGAUGGCUGCCCAGGUCCCCACACUCCAGUCUGCCACAACAGGCGGCAGUGGCAGCACUGGGCUUGCCUUCGGAGCCUUCACCAACCCUUUCGCAGCCCCUGCAGCCCAGCCCCCGCUGCCUUCGACCAACCCAUUCCAGCCCAAUGGCCUGGCUCCAGGGCCCAGCUUUGGGAUGAGCAGUGCUGGGCCUGGCUUCCCCCAGGCAGUGCCACCCACUGGGGCCUUUGCGAGCACCUUCCCACCACCGCUGUUCCCCCCACAGACCUCUCUGGCUCAGCAGCAGAAUGGCUCUUCCUUUGGGGACUUAGGAUCAGCUAAGCUGGGGCAGAGGCCACUGAGCCAGCCAGCUGGGAUCUCUACCAACCCCUUCAUGACUGGAUCUUCAUCAAGCCCAUUUGCCUCUAAACCUCCAACCACCAAUCCAUUCUUAUAGCAUUGUGUCUUUGGGGGGCCUCUCUCCUGCUUUUUGGGGUCCCUCUACUCCCUAGAGCUCUAGUGACCACUUGCCUGUGUGCAUUCUGUGGGUCUAAGACCAAGAAUCGGCCUUGUUUUGCAGGGUAGGAGUCUGGGGAUGGUGGAGGUGCUAAUGCUUUGCUUGGGGCUUACAGAUGACAGAGCAGCUUCCAGGUCAGCUGCCCCAAAGCUUUCUCCUUUCCUCCCUCCUUCAACCCCCAUGCAGGCAGGAGGCCUAGGAGGACUGAAGGCAGGGCCUGACCUGGAACAGUGAUGGUGUUGCAUUAUUUCUGAAUUACUAAUUAUAAUGGGAGUCCUCCUCUCCUGCUCUGGGUGUACACAGCAUUCUCCUCACUCCCAGCCCCA